CAGAGCAGCAAAAAAUAUUUGCACAGGAAGAAGCUAUGGAAUCAGAGGAGCCCGACACCUGCUCCCUUACAGACCAAACCAGCUGGGAGUUCCUUAACCUACUGAACAUGCUGGGGAUGAAGAACGGGGAGCUGCUGGUGAUGGAGAUGAAGGACGUCCACAUGAGAGCCCCCUCAGUGCUGAUGGAUUUUGCUCAGGACCUGUUCAGUGCAGGUGAUGGGAAGACUGAACUACAGCAGAUGGAGGAAAAAGAGGAGGAGAAAGAGGUUCAACCGCACCUGGUUUUUAUGGUUUGGCAAGCCACCACUUUGAAGCAGCUCAUGCAGUGGGAUUAUCUGGAUGAGACCCUCUUUAACAUAAGGAACUUGUUCCCAUGCGUGCCAGCUGCGCUGGUGCUGGUGGUGAUCCAUUCAGGCUCCCAGGAGGAGCUGUCCCGGGCAGUGGAAGCACUCAGGAGGAUGCAGUGCCUGUUGGAUGGCGCUUUCCAGCAGCUGGUGGUGGAGGCAGCGGUCUACAAGGCAGGCCAGCCCGAUAGCAUCAUGGAAGUCAAGAGAGCUGCAUGUAGAGCACUAAGAGAAGUCUUUAAUUACCAAGAAGAUGUCAGCUCACCGAAUCCCAGUUCUGCUUGUCCCGGUCAAAUCAGCCCCCAGCAGUGGAUCACUGUCCUCAGCCUGAGCAUGUGCCACGUGAGGUACCACAGAUGACUUGCAAACAAAUUCCUGGAGACGGCAGGAUUUGCAGAUCUUGUAUCCACCUAAAAUCUUACCUGUUAUGGAGAGAAUUAUUAAAACCUUGUCUUUAUUUGA